AUGGCUUGCCCGCAUCUCGAAUCGAUCGGGCUGACACCCCCCAGUCCUUCUCAGUCUGUCUAUCGUGAAGAUUGCACUCAAUGCUUUGACUCCAUCGAUGAUCCUACCGGCCUUGAUGUUUGUCUGCAGUGCUUCAACGGAGGCUGUGCCGGCGACCGAAACCAUGAUAAGCUUCACUAUGCGCUGACCCAGCACCCUCUUGCACUUAAUAUCCGCCGCUCAAGAAAAGUCGUCGAACGAGACGAACCACCUGCCAAGAUGUCCAAGCUGGCCAUUGCCGCCGAGACAGAGGAGGAUCGAUACGACACAGCACUGGCUGUCAAAUGCCUCGAUUGUAACAUUGAGCUCGACCGAACGAACCCCAAGCUCGCAACCAUGAUCGAUAGCAUUCUCAAGGCCAACACGUUUUCUCGAAAAGAAGAGGUUAAGGCUUGGGAACAGGAGCUGACCAGCUGUGAACAUAUCCUCAUGCUUCAGCAGGCGCCUUCAAAGAAGAUUGAGCAAACCGACCUUAGCCACUGCUAUGCUUGUGAUCUGGCCGAGAACCUUUGGCUGUGUAUAGAGUGUGGUAACCUUGGAUGUGGUCGCAAGCAAAUGGGUGGCGUUGACGGAAACUCGCAUGCUCUUGCCCACGCGAACGAGUCUGGCCAUGGCGUCGCUGUUAAGCUUGGAUCCAUCACCCCUGAAGGUACUGCAGACAUCUAUUGCUAUAAGUGUGAUGACGAACGAGUCGACGACAAGCUUGGCGAGCACUUGAACCACUGGGGCAUUGUGCUUGCCGAGCGCCAAAAGACCGAGAAAAGCUUGACUGAGAUGCAGAUUGAACAGAACCUGAAGUGGGAUUUCAGCAUGACGACUGAAGAUGGAAAGGAGCUCAAGCCUUUGUUCGGACCUGGGCUUACUGGUCUGAAGAACCUCGGAAACAGUUGCUAUCUCGCCAGUAUCAUCCAGUGUCUAUUUGACAUGCCUUCAUUCCAAUCGCGAUACUUCCAACCCGGCGCCGAUCUUCCCAUCGUCCCCGACCCUGCUUCCGAUCUCGAGACCCAGCUGCGAAAGGUGGCAGACGGACUUUUGUCUGGACGGUACUCCAAGCCCGAUGUUGACGUGGCUGGGGAGGGUAUUACACACCAGAAGGGGCUGGCACCUGCCAUGCUCAAGCAUCUCAUUGGUCGAGGACACGAAGAAUUCUCUACUAUGCGACAGCAAGACGCCCUUGAGUUUCUCCAACAUUUGUUCAAGCUCAUCACUCGAUCUUCUCACCCGGAUGGAAAGGAUCCUACACAACCCUUCCGCUUCAUACUCGAGCAGAGACUUCAAUGCCUUGGUUGCCACAAGGUGAGGUACAGUAGCAACGAGCAGGACAACAUCUUCAUUGAUGUACCCCUGGAAAAGCUUCCUCGCGAGGAAGGAUCGGAUGGCCCAGAUGCUUACAAGCCCGUGUCACUGACAGAGUGCCUUGACAUUCUUACGGGAGCCGAGAAGGUUGAUUUGACCUGCUCAGCUUGUGGAAGCAAGGAUGGCUUCACGAAGCAAUCACUGUUCAAGACAUUCCCCGAUACCUUGGUUGUAAACGCGCGAAAGAUGACUGUUGUCAACUGGGUUCCAAUCAAGGUCGACGUUCCUGUCCUCGUGCCCGACGAGCCUUUCAACUUGGACGCCUAUCUUUCCAAGGGAUUGCAGCCUGGAGAGGAGCAGCUUCCCGACGAGCCGGAGGCCAAAGCACCUGCUUUUGAGCCCGAGUCUAACGCCCUGGCUCAACUAGAAGCCAUGGGAUUCCCUUAUAACCGCUGCGCACGCGCCCUUCAUGCCACUGGCAAUUCCGACGCCAAUGCCGCGAUGGAAUGGUUGUUUGGUCAUAUGGAGGAUCCGGAUAUCGAUGCGCCUCUCGACCUAAGCGCUCAAACUGGAGGUGGCGACACCGCAGAUCCUGAAAAGGUCGAAAUGCUUGGAGCCAUGGGCUUUAGUGCUCCUCAAGCCAAGAAGGCCCUGAAGGAGACCAACGGCGACAUUGAGCGAGCUGCAGAUUGGCUUUUCAACCACCCCGAUGACCAGGGUAUCACGGAUGGUGAUGCACCUGCUGAAGGGGCUGCUCCUGCGGCAAAGGAACCAGCUGGAAGCGCUGAUCUGCCAGCUAGCUUCCAGUUGAAAUCCAUUGUAUGCCACAAAGGUACAAGUAUUCAUGCUGGACAUUACGUUGCCUUUAUUCGUAAGGCUUUGGGAGACGCCAAUGUCCCAACAUGGGUCCUCUUCAACGACGAGAAGGUCGUUGAAGCACAUGAUGUUGACGAGAUGCGCAAGUUUGCAUAUGUGUACUUUUUCAAGCGAGUCUAA